GCCGCGGUCGGGAUCGCCGCUCACCGGCUCUUCGGAUCUCAUUCACCUCCCGGUUGUCUCUCCGGCGGAAUCGCCGGUCUUCUCUCUCGCUGUGGCCGGGCCGGAUCGGAGCUGAUCUGCGGGACUUGCGGUAUUUCCGGGGCCCCUGAUGGAGGUAUGAGGGGCCCCCCAGCCUUGUAGUGGUGCAGCCCCCCCCUCCCCCACCCUGGUGAUUGGCAGGGGCAGAUGUUCAGCUGGGUUCUGGUUGCAUUGCCUUGCACCCCUAGCAUGGCAUAGUCAUGUUGUCCAGGAAGGGACUCAUCCCCGAGGAAUAUGUUCUCACCACCCGCCUGGCCGAGGACGUCAAUGAGCCGCGGUACAAAGCCAAGGAACGGCGGGCGCGAUUCGUGGCCAAGAAUGGCGCCUGCAAUGUGGCCCACAAGAACAUCCGGGAGCAGGGCCGCUUCCUGAUGGACGUCUUCACCACGGUGGUGGACCUGAAGUGGCACUACACCCUCCUGAUCUUCACCAUGUCCUUCCUCUGCACCUGGCUCCUCUUCGGCAUGAUGUGGUGGCUCAUCGCCUUCGCCCAUGGCGACUUAGACAACAACCCCGAGGACUUUGUGCCAUGUGUGACCAGCGUCCAAUCCUUCACCGCCGCCUUCCUCUUCUCCAUCGAAGUGCAGGUCACCAUCGGCUUUGGCGGGCGAAUGAUAACGGAGGAAUGCCCCGUCGCCAUCUUGGUCCUCAUCAUCCAGAACAUCGUUGGGUUGGUCAUCAACGCCAUCAUGUUGGGUUGUAUCUUCAUGAAGACGGCGCAGGCCCAUCGCCGGGCCGAGACCCUCAUCUUCAGCAAACACGCCGUGAUCGGCCUGAGGAACGGUAAACUUUGCUUCAUGUUCCGGGUGGGCGACCUGAGGAAGAGUAUGAUCAUCAGCGCCACCAUCCACAUGCAGGUGGUCCGCAAGUCCAGCAGCCUGGAAGGCGAAGUUCUGCCCCUCGACCAGAUCGAUAUCCAGAUGGAGAAUCCCGUCGGCACCAACGGGAUCUUCCUGGUGUCCCCGCUUAUCAUCUGUCACAUCAUCACCAAGGACAGUCCCCUCUACGACAUUUCAUCCUCCGACCUCAACCACCACCAGGACCUGGAGAUCGUCGUCAUCCUAGAAGGGGUGGUGGAGACCACCGGCAUCACCACCCAAGCCAGAACGUCCUACCUGGCCGACGAGAUCCUCUGGGGCCGGCGUUUUGUCCCCGUUGUGGCCGAGGAAGACGGGAGGUACUCCGUGGACUAUUCCAAGUUUGGUAACACGGUGAAAACGCCGACGCCGAAUUGUACGGCCAGACAGCUGGACGAGGAUCGCAGCAAACUGGACAGCAUCUCCUUCUCCCCGAAAAGCACCGUCCGAAAACGCAAUAUGACCGUCAAGCUGCACAGAAAGACGGACGCAGAAAACUCCCGAAGUCUUAAAGAGCCCCCCGCAUGUGAAGGUGCGGCGGGGCCCCCAGCUUGUGAAGGUGCGGCGGGGCCCCCAGCUUGUGAAGGUGCGGCGGAGCCCCCCGCUUGUGACGGCGCGGCGUGGGGUGAUUGUGUGACCGCACGUGGUAGAUAAUAAAACGAGGUCUUGCUCUAAUCA